UCUGCCUCUGUUUCCAUGGGACGCUUUCAUGAGAGCUUGGGCAGCUUGCAAGAGGUGCGCGAGAGCGGCAGGACAAAGGACCUCGCGUGGAGGCGGUCGCAGCUCAGGGGACUCCUCAGGCUCCUCACCGAGAAAGAGGACGACAUCUUCGGCGUGCUCCAUGACGACCUCGGCAAGCACCGCGCUGAAUCCUACAGAGACGAGCUGGGACUUCUUGUCAAGUCCGUCAACCACACGCUCCGAAACCUUGAGAAAUGGGCGGCUCCAGAGAAGGCUCAGGCGCCGUUGGUUUCUUUCCCGGCGACCGCGCUGGUGGUGCCAGAGCCGCUCGGCGUUGUGCUCAUAUUCUCCUGCUGGAAUUUGCCAUUAGGUUUGGCUCUGGAGCCACUCUCCGGCGCACUAGCAGCUGGCAACGCUGUGGUUGUAAAGCCAUCUGAGCUAGCGCCAUAUACUGCAGCAUUCCUUGCUGCCAACAUACCGAGGUACCUCGAUCCUAGGGCUGUGAAGGUCGUCUUGGGUGGACCUGAAGUUGGAGAGCAACUCAUGGAGCUCAGAUGGGAUAAAGUUCUUUUCACUGGUAGUGCUCGUGUAGGGCGCACUAUCUUGACGAAAGCAGCAAAGCACUUGACCCCUGUCGUGCUUGAACUUGGUUCAAAAUGCCCAUGCAUUGUUGAUCAGCUAUAUAGUAAGAGGGAUAGGCAGAUUGCCGUGAAUCGCAUGGCGGGAGCGAAAUGGUCAGUUUGUGCCGGCCAAGCUUGCGCUGCCAUCGAUUAUAUCCUGGUCGAGGAGAAAUUUGCACCCAUCCUUAUUGGGCUACUAAAAUCAACAGUCAAGAGGUUUACCACUACACCAGAGUGCAUGGCCCGGAUCCUAAAUGCAAAGCACUUCCAGAGGUUAAGUAACUUCCUGGUGGAUGAUAAGGUGGCGGCUUCUGUGGUGCAUGGUGGUUCAGUGAACCCGAAGACCUUGACCAUUGAACCCACCAUAUUGUUAAACCCCCCACUCCAUUCCGACAUCAUGACCGAGGAGAUAUUUGGUCCACUGCUACCGAUCAUCACGGUAAAGAAGAUUGAAGAUAGUAUUAAGUUCGUCAAUUCGAUGCCGAAACCGCUCGCAAUCUACGCUUUCACAAAAAACGAGAAGUUGAAGCAUCGGAUUAUAGAUGAAACGUCCUCUGGGAGCGUCACGUUCAAUGACGCAAUUGUGCAGUACGCGGUGGAAGGCCUCCCAUUUGGUGGCGUCGGGGAAAGCGGAUUCGGACAGUACCAUGGCAAGUACACCUUUGAGCUUUUCAGCCACAAAAAGGCGGUGUUCAAGAGAAGCUUCCUGAUCGAGUUCAUGUUCAGAUACCCGCCGUGGGAUGACACUAAGACUGAGAUGUUGAGGCGUGUCUAUAAUACGAACUACAUACUUCUACUCCUCGGCCUGCUCGGCCUGAGGAGAUGACUGAAGAAACAAUCUGGACAAAAAGACCGGGGACGAGAGAGAGAGAGAGAAGCUACACCGUAUGCACCAAAGCAUAUGCAUUACAUAUUGCUUCCAUUCCAAAAUAUGCUGCGUCCGCGCUUUCCGAGGUUCAAUUUUGACCAUAAAUUUAACCAACAAGACCGACUGCAGCGGGAGAAAAAAAUAUUGAAAAAUUCUUUUGAAUACGAAUUCACUGGUAUAACUUUUGCUGCCGCCACAGUCGAUCACGUUGGUGAAAUUUGUGGUCAAAGUUGAAGCAUGGGAAUAGAGGAAGCACUAUAUUUUGGAAACGGAGGGAGUACAACAUAAGUUCUAUAUACUAUUUAAUUGGAUUGCAAAAUUGGAUUGUGUACAUGUGUAACCUAUUCCUAUAAAUGUUGUGAUUCCUCAA